AAAGAAACAAUGUCAACCCUCCUCUACUUUCUCUAUCUCUUACCUAUCUUCCUACUUUCCUUUUUCAUCAUAUCAAAAAAGCUCAAACCCUCGAAAUGGAAACUUCCUCCAGGCCCCAAGACGCUUCCCAUCAUCGGAAACUUACACAACCUCAAAGGCUUGCCUCACGCAUGUUUUCGCAACCUCUCCCAAACCUACGGUCCAGUGAUGCUCAUCCGUUUCGGCUUCGUCCCCGUGGUCGUAAUCUCAUCGAGAGAAGGAGCCGAGGAAGCUCUCAAGACCCAAGAUCUUGAAUGUUGCAGCCGACCAGAGACGGUCGCGUCAAGAAUGGUCUCUUACAACUUCAAAGACAUAGGCUUCGCUCCUUACGGUGAGGAAUGGAAAGCGUUGAGGAAGCUCGUGGUCGUGGAGCUUUUUAACAUGAAGAAGUUUCAGUCUUUUAGUUACAUAAGAGAACAGCAGAAUAACUUGUUGGUCAAGAAACUUAGAGAAGCGGCUCGUACGCGAUCUCCUGUGAAUUUGAAGAAGACUCUUUUCACUCUUGUCGCGAGUAUCGUGUGUAGGCUCGCGUUCGGGAUAGAUAUUCACAAGUGCGAGUUUGUAGACGAGGACAACGUUGAGGAUCUUGUUCACAAGUUUGAGUUGGUCAGUGAAGGUAUUGCUUUCUCUGAUUUUUUCCCUGGAGUGGGUUGGCUUAUUGACCGAGUUUCCGGACAGAACAGAGCAUUGAAGAAUGUUUUUUCUGGACUCGACAUGUUCUUCCAGAACAUUCUUGAUGAUCAUCUUAAACCUGGAAGAAUCGUCUCAGAGAAUCCUGAUGUUGUUGAUGUGAUGGUUGACUUGAUGAGGAAGCAAGAGAAAGAUGGAGACUCUUUCAAGCUCACCACAGAUCAUUUCAAAGGAAUCAUCUCCGACAUAUUUCUUGCGGGAGUAAACACAAGCGUGAUCACAUUGAUAUGGGCCAUGACUGAGCUGAUCAGAAACCCUAGAGUGAUGGAGAAGGUACAAGCCGAGAUUCGGACAACACUUGGGGACAAGGAGAGUCUAACAGCAGAAGAUGUAAACCAUCUUCACUACUUCAAGCUCGUGGUCAAGGAGACAUUCAGGUUACAUCCAGCAGCUCCACUCUUACUCCCAAGAGAGACAAUGUCUCACAUCAAGAUUCAAGGCUACGAUAUCCCCAAGAAAUCUCAGAUGAUGAUCAACAUUUACUCGAUCGCACGCGAUCCAAAACUCUGGACAAACCCUGAUGAGUUUAACCCUGACAGGUUUCUCGACAGUUCUGUGGAUUACAGGGGAUUGAAUUUUGAGCUUUUACCGUUUGGUUCUGGUCGGAGAAUCUGUCCAGGGAUGAAUAUGGGAAUCGCCACCGUGGAGUUGGGGCUGUUGAAUUUGCUCUACUUCUUUGACUGGGCGGUGCCUGAAGGGAAGACUCUGAAAGAUAUCGACUUGGAAGAAACUGGUGCGCUCAUUAUCAGCAAGAAAACAACUCUUGAGCUUGUUCCACUUCUUCAUAACAUAAACAAGUAGUCGAUAAGAUAUUAUGUACAUGAACUCAGUUUCUUUUUUUUCUUACUGGUUGUUUUGUCUGAAUUUAAUUCACUUUGUACAAUAGAUUAAACAUAUUAAGUAGAACUAAAUCUUGUAUGUCUUAAAUUAAAUACGUCAGUUAUGACCGAAUUUGUAGCUUGAACCCAC